AUGGACUUCAAAAGAAAAUUGUCUGAAGUAGAUGCUGAUGCUGCUGAAGACGUCAAGAUGGACAUGGGAGCCACUAUCAUUCCUCAAAGAGAACGUGCAACAUCAGUUAUUGAAGACUUCUUGCACCAAGAAAACUCAGAAUUAAAAAAAUCCUUGAAAAAUUUAGAAAUGGAAAAUGAGAAAUUGAAAAAUAUCUUAAAAACAGAUUAUAAUGUUAAUUACAUUCGCAAAUAA